GUAUGACAAACAGUGCUUAUUUGUACAUUCUCUCGACUGUUCUUUCCACUACUGUACAUAUAUGAGUGACAUCAUCUGGGAUUAAUAAUUAACUUAGUUAAAUUGUCACAUUAUGUUCUAUAGGCAUAAGAGUAGUUCAAAUACGGUCAAAGUAAAAUAAAGAAAGCACUGGUUAGUAUCAGUUUACUAUUUCGGUGCAGCAAGAGUUAAACAGGUGCAGCCGAGGCUCGCGGAGCUCCGGCAGAUGAUCUAAACUAGAGAGACGCUCGCACUUCGCAGCGCGUUACAUGGGGAGCCGAUGGAGGCAGACGACGGGACAAAGAGGAAGGAAGCGCCAUAAUGAUAAAUCCAUUAUAUCUCAGCAUGCCCCACAUUUUUCCUUGCACGAUGUAACCAUAUUGCCGCUGUAGUAAAUUGAAGGAAGGGGCUCCCGACUGUAUUUACUUUUACGUUGUGACGUCUUGAUAAUAAAACUAAGGCAGCGCUUGAUGCUGGAUACUGGAAACUGUUUCGAUCUCUGUCGUUGCAGAAGCAGCGGUACCUCAGGCUGGUCUGUCUGCCUGUGCGAUCGGAAGUUUCUUUGCUCGGGAAUUAUAAUCGGUGUGAGGAAGGCGCGGUGGCCCACCGGGUGACAUCGCUGGUAACGGACAGCUUGGCCUCGUCUCCUCAGUCCCGGCGCCUCCGGUCAGGAUGCCGGUCCGACGUGGACACGUGGCUCCGCAGAACACUUUCCUGGACACAAUCAUCCGAAAAUUCGAGGGCCAGAAUCGCAAGUUCAUCAUCGCCAAUGCCCGCGUGGAGAACUGCGCCAUCAUCUUCUGCAACGACGGCUUCUGCGUGAUGUGCGGCUACACGCGUGCCGAGGUCAUGCAGAAACCGUGCACCUGCAAUUUCUUGUAUGGACCGCACACCAAGAAGCUCGCCGCCGUCCAGAUGGCCCAGGCGCUGCUGGGUUCCGUGGAGCGGAAGGUGGAGAUCACCCUCUACAGGAAAGAUGGCGUGUGCUUCCCAUGCCUGGUGGAUGUGGUCCCAGUGAAGAACGAGGACGGUACAGUUAUCAUGUUCAUCCUGAACUUCGAGGUGGCCUCCGAGGGGAAGUGCCUGAACUCACCUGCGCGAAUACUGAACCACAAGCUGCCCAUCCCUUGGUUCUCAUCAGUUCGCCGGCGGCGGUUCAGGCUGCAUCUGCCCCUACUUCACUCCCAAAGCUCCAGCAAGCAGUCUCUGCAGAACGACCCGGAAGCGGGGCGCAGUUGUGACGUCUCCUCGCAGCUGGUACAUGAGUCUCUGGCGCUGGGGGAGCUGCUGUCCUUACCGGAGCCCGGUUGUCAGCCCCCCCCAGCCCCACCCUCGGACCUGCUGGACAGUGAGCCCCUCCCGCCCCCCUCCCUGCCCCCGCCGGCCACCGCGUCUCUCCGCCCGCCCCUCUCCUUCUGCCGCUCCUCCAGCCGCUUGCAGUGUCGCCACGUGGACGCGUCGCUGUCCAGCUGCAGCCUGGCGCGCUCGCGGGACAGCCUGUACAGCCUGCGCCGGGCUUCCUCCGUGGACGACAUCGAGAGCAUGCGUGCCGACUGGGACCGCAAGCUGCGCAGCCGGGCCGGGAGCACAGGUGUGAUAAACCACAAGACCAACCUGCUGAACUCCACCUCCGACUCAGACCUCACUCGCUGCCGGACCAUCAGCACCAUCCCCCACAUCACCCUUAACUUCGUGGAUCUGAAGCCGGACCCCUUCGUCACCCUGCCGGCCGGAGACAAGGACAUCAUCGCCCCCUGCAAGCUGAUCGAUCGCACGCACAACGUCACCGAGAAGGUCACCCAGGUGCUGUCUCUGGGCGCUGAUGUCCUUCCAGAGUACAAGCUUCAGGCUCCCCGCAUCCAUAAAUGGACCAUCUUGCACUACAGUCCUUUCAAGGCAGUGUGGGACUGGGUCAUCCUCCUGCUGGUCAUUUAUACCGCGAUCUUCACACCCUACUCUGCUGCAUUCCUGCUCAAUGACCAAGAGGAGGCAGCUCUGCAGAACUGUGUCUACUCCUGCAGCACACUCAGCGUGGUGGACCUCAUCGUGGACAUCAUGUUCAUCAUCGACAUCGUCAUCAACUUCCGCACCACCUACGUCAACAGCAACGACGAGGUGGUCAGCCAGCCGGGCCGCAUCGCGGUGCACUACUUCAAGGGAUGGUUUCUCAUCGACAUGGUGGCGGCCAUCCCCUUUGACCUUCUGAUCUACCGGUCCGGAGAGGAGACAACCACUCUGAUUGGCCUACUGAAGACGGCCCGGCUCCUGCGAUUGGUGCGCGUGGCACGGAAGCUGGACCGCUACUCGGAGUACGGUGCGGCGGUCCUCUUCCUGCUCAUGUGCACGUUUGCGCUCAUUGCUCACUGGCUGGCCUGCAUCUGGUACGCCAUCGGCAACGUGGAGCGCAACGGCUCGUCGCGGAUCGGCUGGCUGGACUCGCUGGGCGAGCAGCUCGGCAAGCCGUACAACGACACAGUGAGAGACUCGGGGCCCUCCAUCAAGGACAAGUACGUGACGGCGCUCUACUUCACCUUCAGCAGCCUGACCAGCGUCGGCUUCGGCAACGUGUCGCCCAACACCAACUCGGAGAAGAUCUUCUCCAUCUGUGUCAUGCUCAUUGGCUCCCUGAUGUACGCUAGCAUCUUCGGCAACGUGUCGGCCAUCAUCCAGCGGCUGUACUCGGGCACGGCGCGCUACCACACGCAGAUGCUGCGGGUUCGGGAGUUCAUCCGCUUCCACCAGAUCCCCAACCCCCUGCGGCAGCGCCUGGAGGAGUACUUUCAGCACGCCUGGUCCUACACCAACGGCAUCGACAUGAACGCGGUGCUGAAGGGCUUCCCCGAGUGCCUGCAGGCUGACAUCUGCCUGCACCUGAACCGCACGCUGCUGCAGAACUGCAAGGCCUUCAGGGGCUCUACCAAAGGCUGCCUACGUGCCCUGGCCAUGAAGUUCAAGACCACGCACGCCCCCCCCGGAGACACAUUGGUGCAUGCCGGCGAUGUCAUCACCGCCCUGUACUUCAUCUCCCGCGGCUCCAUCGAGAUCCUGCGUGAGGAUGUAGUGGUGGCCAUUCUGGGGAAGAACGAUAUAUUUGGUGAACCCAUUAAUCUGUACGCACGCCCAGGGAAGUCCAACGCCGACGUGAGAGCACUAACCUACUGUGACCUGCACAAGAUCCACCGAGAGGAUGUUCUAGAGGUCCUGGACAUGUACCCUGAAUUCUCGGACCACUUCUGGAGCAACCUGGAGAUCACAUUCAACCUACGCGAUACAAAUAUGAUUCCUGGAUCUGCAAGCAGUGACGACUCGGACGGAGGCAGCUUUCACCGCCAACGCCGCCGCAAGCUGUCUUUCCGCCGCAGGACUGACCGAGAUGCCGCGGAAACGGGGAGGAACAAGCCAUCGCAGCAGCUCGUCCGUCCGGCUAGGCGGAGCACAACCAGCAGUCGGCUGGAGGGCCACAGCAUGGAGUGGGAGGGGCCCCCAAAUUUGGUCUCCUCCCCCUCUCACUCCAGUGGAGAUGAGGGGGAUGACUCUAUCCUCUCCGGUCCCACUGCUCCCCUGCCCCUCUUGGAGCUCCCUCAGCGUCAGGCCCUGCACCCAACCCUCAACGAUACCCUGGGGGGGGAUGGGGAUCCCCGCAGUGGCAACAGCUGUAACGCACUGUCAGGCGCUCUCUCCGGAGUCACCAGCAUCUUCAACUUCUGGGGUGAGAGUCGUACGCGGCAGUAUCAGGAGCUUCCCCACCGCAGCGUGGCCCCGCGGCCUUCGCACAGCGUCCCGAUGCACAGCAUCAGCCGGGAGCAGCGCAGCGAGCUGGAGAACCGGCUGGAUCUGCUGCAGCAGCAGCUCCACAGGUGAAGAAGCUAAAGCGAUUUUCCUGAGACCAUAUGGUGUGUGGCUACUUCAGAAGCAUCUUCUCAGUGGGUUGUCAUCACUUGGGUCUCAUUCAGAUGAAAUCAUAGGACUCUUUCAGGGAAUAUGAGCCACAGUGCAUGACAGAA